AUGAGUGUUGUAACUAUUAUACAACAUUUUAAAAUGUAUCAUCUAUUUGUUCCUUCUUACAUUUGGUUGUGUCUUCUUCCGAUUACUCUCAUCCUUCUUCUAUAUAUUCGUCGAUUAAAAAAGAAACUAAUAGAACCACGGCGAGGUAUUGAUCGAAGUUUAACAUAUCCUCGUCAAUAUGCUAUUGGUUGGUAUUAUUUAUGCGAAUCUAAUGAAAUUCCAAAAGGUCAUUUAAAACAUUUUUAUCUACUUGGACGAGAAAUGGUAGCAUUUCGAGGUGAUGAUGAACAAAGAGAAGUAUCUGUCGUAGAAGCAUAUUGUGUUCAUUUGGGUGCAAAUCUAGGAGUUGGUGGACGCGUUGUGCCAGGUACAAAUUGUAUACAAUGUCCUUUUCAUUUAUGGGAAUUUAAUGGAAAAGAUGGACGUUGUACAAAAAUUCCAUAUAUCGAUGGAAAAAUACCUGAAAAAGCUUGUCUUCAAGUAUAUCCAAGUGUAGAACGUUAUGAUAUGAUUAUGAUUUGGUAUCAUCCUUUAAAUGAACCACCGCAUUAUGAUGCUAUAUGUAUAGAUGAAUUAUUUGAAAAACAUUUUGAAUUUCGAGGUACUUAUCAUUAUCCAAAUAUAAAAAUGCAUCUUCAAGAAUUUACUGAAAAUGCUGCUGAUAUACAACAUUUUGGACCAUUACAUGGACAAAUGUUAGUACCAUGGACUGAAUGGUUUGUUCCAUUUGUUAAUGUUGAUCAUAUGCCAUCAUUUUCAUUUGCUGAAGAACCAUGGAAAAUAAUGUUUUAUAAUACAGCUAUGUUAAAAAUUUUUGGUAAACUAUAUGAAUCAACAAAAGUUAGUGCAUCAAUUAUAUUUCAUGGACCUGGUAGUUUAACAUUAUUUCGUUUUGAUGGAAAUUUUGGACGAUUAUAUUUAUUUCAUACAAAUACACCAUGUGAAUAUACGAAAUUAAAUGUUACUUUUCGUGUAUUUGCGGAAAAAAAAAUUUCAAAACUUUUAAGUUGGUAUAUUGUGGGAAAUUGGGUUGCUCAAUGGCAACGAGAUCUUUUUGUUUGGGAAAAUAAAGUACACAGACGUGCACCAUUUCUCGUGAAAAAUGAUGGUCCAGUUAUGAAAUUACGUCGUUGGUUUAAUCAGUUUUAUCUAUCAAAAGAAGAUAAUGAUAAGGAUAUUAAUGUCAAUAAUUGGUAA